AAAUUAAAUUAAAUCAAAUAAACAGUUUUUCAAUCUUCAAUCAUUUUUUUCCCUUCCAUGUUGUUACCCAUUUUAGAUUAGAUUAAUAUCUACAAUUCUAAUGAGGAAACUGUGUCCGAAUAUCGAUAAAGACGAUGGGCUCGAGACGGUUCUUGAGGUACCGAUACCGGAAGAAAUGUUUACGAGCAUGGGAAGCAAUGUGACAUUGCGAUGGCAUAACAUGUUGACAUGGAUGAGAGCUCAAACUUCCGAUAAAUGGUCACAACCGGUGAUCGCCGGUCGGCUUAACGAGCUUCGGUUUCUUCUUUAUUUGGUUGGAUCUCCUCUUAUUCCUCUCCAGGUUCAAGUUGGUCAUUCUGUUUACAAGCCUGUCAAAGAUUGUUCCAUUCAAGCUUCAACAGCAAAAUACAUAGUGCAACAAUACAUAGCAGCAACAGGAGGACAACAAGCAUUAAAUGCAGUGCACAGUAUGUGUGUAACAGGUGAGAUCAAAAUUAGUGCAUCAGAAUUUCAUCAAGGUGACCAAACCAUAAAUGUGAAGAGCACUGAGGAAGCUGGUGGAUUUGUUCUGUGGCAAAAAGACCCUGAUUUGUGGAUCCUGGAGCUUGUUGUUUCAGGAUGCAAAGUUAUUUGUGGAAGCAAUGGUAAACUUUCUUGGAGACAUUCUUCCAAUCAACAAACUCCCGUUUCGAAAGGCCCUCCUCGACCGUUGCGCCGAUUCUUGCAGGGAUUGGACCCAAGAUCAACAGCAAAUUUAUUUAUAGAUGCAACAUGCAUUGGAGAAAAAAUCAUAAACGAUGAAGAUUGCUUCAUCCUAAAGCUAGAAACAAGUCCAGCAAUUCGUGAAGCACAAAGUGGAAAUAAUUAUGAAAUAAUUCACCACACAAUCUGGGGGUAUUUUAGUCAAAGAUCAGGACUUUUAGUUCAAUUUGAAGAUUCAAGAUUACUAAGUAUGAGGACUAAAAAUGAGGAUGACGUAUUUUGGGAAACAAAUACAGAAUCAGUAAUGGGAGAUUAUAAAUAUGUUGAUGGGGUAAAUAUUGCCCAUAGCGGUAAAACUAGAGUUACUGUUUUUAGAUAUGGUGAACAAUCUGCUAAUCAUAAGAGACAAAUGGAAGAGAAAUGGAGAAUUGAAGAUGUUGAUUUUAAUGUUUGGGGUUUGAUGGAUGAUUAUUUUUUACCUCCUUCUAGCCUUAAAGAUGGUAACAAAUAGUUUUAAUUGUAAUAGUUAAUGGUUUCAGGAAUUAAAAGAUUUUGUUCCAGUGUAUGUUGAUUUUUAAUAUUUUUGUAAAUAAAAGUAGUAAAUUGGAAAUGAUUAU